UUCCAUCUUUACUUGUUCUACAAACUCAUGGGGGUUGCAGCAUGUAUCUCGGAACUUUACGAUUCCUGUCACAGCAUCCAUCGUUCCAGGGAGAAACUCAAGAAACGAAACCAACUUCAGACGGUGGAGAUAAAGAUCAAGAUGGACUGUGAGGGAUGCGAGAGGAGGGUUCGGAAGUCGGUGGAAGGGAUGAAAGGGGUGAGUUCGGUGGAUGUGGACCCAAAGAAAAGCAAGCUGACGGUGGUGGGGUACGUGGAUCCAGGGAAGGUGUUGUAUCGAGUCCGGCACCGGACAGGGAAGAAGGCGGAGAUGUGGCCGUAUGUGCCAUAUGACACGGUGGAACAUCCUUACGUGCCGGGGGUUUAUGACAAAAGGGCGCCGGAUGGGUACGUCAGGAACACGGCAGUGGUGGAUCCGGAGAUGUUGGAUUUGGCUAGGGCGAGUUCACCUGAAAUUAGGUAUACGACGGCGUUUAGUGAUGAAAACCCUACAGCUUGUGUAGUGAUGUAGUUCACUUCAUGAUCAACGGGUAGUUGCUCACUG